AUGGCUCCUACACUUGUCAUCGUCCCGGGCUCGUUCGCCACGCCGACCAUGUAUGAUGGCUUUACCACACAGCUCAAGAAGUCGGGCGUCGAAGACGUUCGCAUUGUGCACACACCUUCCGUCGGACCAUUCGACGACCGCAAACCAGGCAACGUGUCCGACGACGUUUCCGCGAUCACCAAGCUGGUCGAAGAGGUCCUCUCCGAGGGCAAGGAGGUCACCCUGAUCGCCCACUCCUAUGGCGGUAUUCCAACUUCUCAAUCGCUCAAAGAACUUGGUGCCGUAAACAGAUCGGAUGGCAAAGGCGUGAAAAAGGUCAUCUACCUGGCGAGCGUCAUCCUGCAAGAAGGCGUCAGCAACUUCGAGUUAUUUGGCAACAAUCUUCCAGACUUUGUCAAGAAGCAUGAAGCAGACGGUUACAUGACGCUCGACCCUGAUGUCGCUGGACCCCUCACCUUCUCAGAGCUUGAUUCAGCUGAGGCUGUUUCUGUCGCCAAAUCCGGCAUGGCGUCUCAUUCGAUCGCUGCAUUUGAGGAAAAGUUGAGCUAUGCCGGUUACAACGACGUGAACGAAGUCAACUGGAUUCUAACCACCGAAGACAUGAUCGUGCCGGGACAGUUCCAGAAAGGUUUCAUCGACUUGAUCAAUGCCGGACGUAAGAUCAAGUAUGAGAGGGAUGGACGGAAGCGACCAGAUGUGAAUAUUAUUGAACGCUCAUGGGACCAUUGUCCAACGCAUAGCCAUACGGAGGAGCUCGUGGACAUCGUGAAAGGUAUCCUGGGUGCCCCGUAG